AUGAAGUUCCCCGUCACCGUCGCCUGCCUCUCGGCCUUGCUGGCGCCGGCGGCCGUGCUCGGCGACGACAGGAUCAAGGUUCCUGGAGAUAAUCCCUUAUACCAUUGCCCCGGCGACAUCGCCAGGGACGAGGUCCAGAUCACGAGUGUUAACCUCACACCUAAUCCGCCAGCCAUGGGCCGGGAUCUCGUCAUCAAUGCUACGGGGACCGUCAAAACCACCAUCGAGAGGAAUGCCAAGGUCCAUUUAGUCGUAAAAAUGGGCCUCCUUACACUCGUAAACAGGGAAGAGGAUCUCUGUGACCAGGUCAGGCACGUCGAUCUCGAAUGCCCCAUCAAGAACGGCACUAUGAACAUCGUCAAGACGGUCUCCUUGCCAGGACACAUUCCUCCGGGUCCUUUUACCGUCGAGGCCAACGCGAGGACUGCAGAUGAUAAGCCAAUCACCUGCCUGCAGGGCAAUGUUGUUCUCGAGAACAGCUUCUUCAACAUCGAGCUUUAA